UCCAAGUCACUUACACACACAAGCUAAAAUGUAGCUAGCAUGCUAAAUGGACUUUGCCGGGUAAUUCUCUAAAUACUGUUUGUGCAAACUAUCGUCGGCGGUGCUGAGCAACCAAAUAAUGUUUACUUUUAAUUUAGUUACUGCAAUACCAGCCAGAUACAUUCAAUACAUCGACGUUUAGCUACAAACGACCACGUUUUUGUUUGUUUUCUUUGUGGACUGAAUUGAAUGAGUUCUGUGCUCGCUUGUAAUAGAAGUUUUAAAGAACCACCUAGCUGAACCGUUACAACUGAGGAAAAAUGACGUCCAUUAUCAAGCUAACAGCCCUGUCGGGGGUUCAGGAGGAGUCGGCCCUCUGUUACCUGCUGCAGGUGGAUGAAUUCCGCUUCCUCCUGGACUGUGGCUGGGAUGAGAACUUCUCGAUAGACAUAAUUGAUGCUCUGAAACGGUAUGUUCAUCAGAUCGAUGCCGUGCUCCUCUCUCACCCUGACCCCAUGCACCUGGGAGCCCUGCCAUAUGCUGUAGGGAAACUGGGUCUAAACUGUACUAUCUAUGCUACAAUUCCUGUCUACAAGAUGGGUCAGAUGUUCAUGUAUGAUCUAUAUCAGUCUCGAAACAACAGUGAAGACUUCACACUGUUCACUCUUGAUGAUGUGGACUGUGCCUUUGAUAAAAUCCAGCAGCUGAAAUACUCUCAGAUUGUCAAUCUGAAAGGGAAAGGGCAUGGUCUCUCCAUCACUCCUCUUCCAGCUGGUCACAUGAUUGGAGGCACUAUUUGGAAAAUUGUGAAGGACGGGGAGGAGGAGAUCAUUUAUGCCGUGGACUUCAACCACAAGAGAGAGAUCCACCUCAAUGGCUGCACGUUGGAGAGCAUUAGUCGUCCCUCUUUACUUAUCACAGACUCCUUUAAUGCUACUUAUGUACAACCGCGUCGCAAACAAAGAGAUGAGAUGCUCCUCACCAAUGUCAUGGAGACCCUUCGCGGCGAUGGUAAUGUCCUGAUAGCCGUGGAUACAGCUGGUCGUGUGUUGGAGCUGGCUCAGCUCUUGGACCAGAUAUGGAGGACAAAGGACGCUGGGUUGGGAGUUUAUCCACUAGCUCUGCUUAACAAUGUCAGCUAUAAUGUGGUGGAGUUCUCCAAGUCCCAGGUGGAGUGGAUGAGCGAUAAGCUUAUGAGGUGUUUUGAAGACAAGAGAAACAACCCGUUCCAGUUCCGUCACCUGACCUUGUGCCACAGUCUAGCAGACCUGGCCCGGGUACCCAGCCCCAAGGUGGUGCUUUGCAGCCAGCCAGACCUUGAGUCUGGCUUUUCCAGGGAACUGUUCAUCCAGUGGUGCCAGGACGGCAAAAACUCCAUCAUCCUAACCUACCGCACUACACCCGGAACCCUUGCCCGCUACCUCAUCGACAACCCCGGAGAGAAGAUGCUGGAUCUGGAGGUCAGGAAAAGAGUGAAGCUCGAAGGCAAGGAGCUGGAAGAAUACCUUGAAAAGGAUAAAAUAAAGAAAGAGGCAGCUAAAAAACUUGAACAAGCGAAAGAGGUGGAUGUAGACUCCAGUGACGAGAGUGAUAUGGACGAUGAUCUGGAUCAGCCGGCCGCAGUGAAAACUAAACACCACGACCUGAUGAUGAAGGCCGAGGGGAGCCGCAAAGGCAGUUUCUUCAAACAGGCCAAAAAGUCUUAUCCAAUGUUCCCCACACACGAAGAGAGAAUCAAAUGGGACGAGUACGGGGAAAUCAUCAGGCUGGAAGACUUUUUGGUUCCUGAACUGCAAGCCACAGAGGAGGAGAAAAGCAAACUGGAAUCCGGGUUGACCAACGGUGACGAGCCCAUGGACCAGGACCUCUCUGUUCUUCCCACCAAAUGCAUCACCAGCAUAGAAAAUCUUGAAAUAAGAGGGAGGAUAACGUACAUAGAUUAUGAAGGCCGCUCUGAUGGUGACUCCAUCAAGAAGAUUAUUAACCAGAUGAAGCCCAGACAGCUGGUGAUCGUUCACGGGCCGCCGGAAGCCAGUCUCGACCUGGCAGAGUCCUGCAAGGCUUUCAGCAAGGACAUCAAAGUCUACACACCGAAACUGCAGGAGACUGUAGAUGCCACCAGCGAAACCCACAUCUACCAGGUGCGCUUGAAAGACUCCUUGGUGAGCUCUCUGCAGUUCUGCAAGGCCAAAGACACUGAGCUGGCCUGGAUCGAUGGCGUGCUGGACAUGCGCGUGGUAAAGGUGGACACGGGUGUGAUGCUGGAGGACGGUGCCAAAGAGGAGGCCGAGGACGGCGAGCUAGCCAUGGACAUCGCCCCCGAUCUUGGCAUCGAACACAGUGCCACUGCGGUGGCAGUACAGCGUGCCAUGAAGAACCUGUUUGGGGAGGACGAGAAGGAGCUGUCUGAAGAGAGCGACAUCACUCCCACGCUGGAGCCGUUACCUCCACACGAGAUUCCAGGGCAUCAGUCGGUGUUUAUCAACGAGCCUCGCCUGUCUGACUUCAAGCAGGUCCUGCUGAGAGAGGGCAUCCAGGCCGAGUUUGUGGGAGGAGUGCUGGUAUGCAACAACAUGGUGGCCGUCCGUAGGACGGAGGCCGGACGCAUUGGCCUGGAAGGCUGCCUGUGUGACGACUACUAUAAGAUCCGGGAGCUGCUGUAUCAGCAGUACGCCGUGGUAUAGCAGCAGCAAGAGGAGGAGGAGGAGGAAGAGCAUACCAUGGCAUUAGAGAGAGACAAUCCCUUACGAGGACUCUACCCAGAGGCAGCUCCAGCUGUUUCACCAAAAACCUUGUUGUACAUUUUCCCUUUUUAUAGUUUUUUUUUUUUUUAAUGUUACUUUACCCCCACAAAGUGAGAGGCGGAUGUUUUCCUCUGGACCAACCUCUCUGUGUGAACAGACUCUCAUAUUCCUAAAGCUCCUCCUACUGUACAGUGACGUCCUAAUGCACUUGAUGAACCACUGGAUGUGUUUCCCCUCUGAUGGUCAUUAAAAACAGUCUUUUUCAAAUAUG